UUACAAUACCAUCUGUCAUUUCUCAGUUUUAAAUUUCUCUUUUAUUUUUACGUUUUUCUUUUUGUAUUUUUUCACAUUUCACUUUAUUACCCAUCUUCGUCGGUUCGGUACGGUUCGGUUCAGUGCUGUGUAUGCAUGUGUGACUGAGUGUUUGUGUUUUUAUUUUCUGUGUGUCUCAAAUCGAUCUUCGUCUUGUAUGUAGCGGCGGAGUCGUAAAAUUUAUAAACUAAAUAAAAAUAAUAAAAAGAAGCAAACAGGAAAACUUCACCACCAUCAUCAACCACUAAAAAACAAAAGUAUAUUUUUAUCAAAAAAACCAUGGCCAAUACCGGCAAAGAUACGGCUUCAUUUUUCGAAAAUGGCACUUCGGAACAAUUUGAAUUUUGCUAUAAACUCUAUCCACAAGUUUUGAAAAUCAAAGCCGAGAAACGUAAUAAAAAACCUCAGGAGUUGAUACGUCUCGAUGACUGGUAUCAGAAUGAAUUGCCCAAAGUGAUUAAGGGUCGAGGGAAAGAUGCCCAUUUGGUGUACGAUGAACUGGUGCAGACCAUGAAAUGGAAACAGACUCGUGGCAAAUUCUAUCCACAACUCAACUAUUUGGUCAAAGUCAAUACACCACGCGCCGUAAUGACAGAAACUAAAAAAGCCUUUCGUAAACUGCCCAAUCUAGAGCAGGCCAUAACGGCUCUAUCGAAUUUGAAGGGUGUGGGUACUACUAUGGCUUCGGCUCUUUUGGCUGCUGCUUGUCCCGAUUCGGCACCCUUUAUGGCGGAUGAGUGUCUUAUGGCCAUUCCAGAAAUUGAAGGCAUCGAUUAUACCACAAAAGAAUACCUCAAUUUUGUUCAACACAUUCAGGCGACCGUAACACGUCUUAAUACACAGGUUGGCGGUGAGACUCCGGUCUGGUCGCCACAUCGUGUUGAGCUAGCACUGUGGGCUCACUAUGUGGCCAACGAUUUGUGUCCAGAGCUAUUAGAUGAAAUGCCCAGCGGUAAGGGUGGUGGCGGUGCGGCCAAAGCUAAUGGUUCCACAACAAAUGUUCUAAGUGCAGUCGGUGAUGAUACUAAUGAUGGUGACGAUGAUAGUGCAGGUCGCAUUGAUGGUAAUAACGUUGUCACAGAAUCCGAAAAUGAAAAUACCAACCCAACACCUCUCGAUGGAGAUUCAAAUUUCAUUUCAAACGAUUCAACAUCACAGGAACCCAUUAUCGAUGAAAAUACCACACAGACAACAGCUACCGAAACAACUGAUGAGGGUGAUGGCGAUAUUGGCGGUGUCGCAACACCACUAGCUUCCGAUUCGGAAAGUAAUAUAGAAGCACCAGUUAAGGCUAACAUCAAUAACACAACAAGCAAAGAGGCAAACAGUACUACAUCAUCAUCAUCAUCAGCGGUAGCAGCAGCAACAGCAGUAGUAGCUGCAGCAAAUGGUAAUGGUAGCAUUUUGGCAGCCUCAGCAGCUGGUCUAGACGGUGAGAAUAGCAACAGUAAUUGUAUGCGUGAAUCUGAGUAUGACGAUGAAGACGAUGAGAGCAGUAACAGUCGUGCAUUGAACGAUGAUGUACAAACGCCUUUAAUUAAUCACAAUACCACGGAGGAUAAUGAUUCAUCGACAUUGAGUAGUGCUGGUGGUGCGGCCGCCAUAGCAGCUGCCACUAUAGUGGGACAAAAACGGACAUUAAAUUGUGCGGAUGAAGCCUCUUUGGAGGGACAAUCACAGCCAGAAUUAAAGAAAAUACGUAGUGAUUAAAAAUUCGUAAAACAAAAGAAACAUCCACACACACACACCAACAACAACACAACACACUUACAUAUAAUUUACAUAAUACAAAAAAGAUUAAUAAUAAAAGCUGAACAAAUUAAAAAUGAAAAGCAAGAAAAUUUAGAAGUCCAAACAACCUACUCGGGCCUUUUUAAAAAAUGGCGAAAAAAAACAAACGUUUGCAAAAGACAGCUUGAGAUUUAUAAAAGCGUUUUGUUUUUAUCGGCUAUUGAGGGGCUAAGGAGCAGGUUUACAGGCAGUUGUUUUGAAGAAAAGUAAUAUAAUUAAAAAAUAAUAUAAAAAAAAAACAUUCAAAAAACCAUUUAACUUUAAGGCAAAAUUUAUAUUUAAUUAAAUAAUGAAAAAAACAAAUUAAUAACAAAAACUCCUCUCUCCCUCCUAUAUUUAAAGAAAAAAAAUAAGCAGCAAAAUAUUGUAGCUCUCCCCACAAAAGCA